AUGGGGUUGUCAGCUUUGCAGAGAGUUUUUUCACUUGUUUUCCUGCCCUUGUUUGCUGUUAUGUCUCAUUCUUCACCUGAUGUUGCUUCUAAUUCUACUCAAGAAGCACUAGCUCUUCUCAAAUGGAAAGCCAGCCUUCAAAACCACAACCAUUCUCUUCUGUCAUCAUGGACUCUUUCUUCUGUCAAUGCCACAAACACUUCUACCCACCUCAAAACCAAGAUGAGUCCAUGUACUUGGUUUGGAAUCUCUUGCAAUCAUUUUGGAAGUAUCACAAGUAUUAACUUGACCAGUGCAAGUCUAAAAGGUACGCUUCAUGAACUAUCUUUCUCAUUAUUUCCCAAUCUUGCAUGCAUUGAUUUAAGUGGGAACGAGCUCUUUGGUGUCAUCCCUCCUCAGAUUAGUCACCUAACAAAUCUAAAGGUCCUUUACCUUUAUAUGAAUAAGUUAUCUGGCUCUAUUCCUAAAGAGAUAAGCAACUUGAACUCCCUAACAGAUUUAGCUUUGGGAGAAAAUCAAUUAAGUGGCUCUAUCCCUCGUUCCAUUGGAAACCUGAGUAACUUGAAAGCUUUAUACCUCCACACCAAUAACCUUUCUGGUGUCAUUCCUGAGGAGAUAGGCAACUUGAAGUUUAUUUCGAAUCUAGGUUUGAGUGGAAAUCAACUGAGUGGUCUUAUUCCUCACUCCAUUGGAAACCUGAGCAAUUUGAAAGUUUUAUACCUUCAUAGCAACAACCUCUCUGGCACCAUUCCUGAGGCAAUAGGCAACUUAGAGUUCAUUUUAGAUCUAGAGUUGAGUGCAAAUCAACUGAGUGGUCCUAUUCCUCAUUCCAUUGGAAACCUGAGCAAUUUGAAAGUUCUAUACCUUGAUAGCAACAACCUCUCUGGCACCAUUUCUGAGACAAUAGGCAACUUAAAAUUCAUUUCAGAUUUAGUGUUGAGUAGAAAUCAAUUGAGUGAUCCUAUUCCUCACUCCAUUGGAAACCUGAGCAAUUUAAAAGUUUUAUACCUUUAUAGCAACAACCUCUCUGGCACCAUUCCUAAGGCAAUAGGCAACUUAAAAUUCAUUUCAGAUUUUGAGUUGAGUAGAAAUCAACUGAGUGGUCCUAUUCCUUAUUCCAUUGGAAACCUGAGCAAUUUGAAAGUUUUAUACCUCCACACCAAUAACCUUUCUAGUGUCAUUCCUGAGGAGAUAGACAACUUGCAAUUUAUUUCUACUUUAGAUUUGAGUACAAACCAACUGAGUGGUCCUAUUCCUCACUCCAUUGGAAACUUAAGUAAUUUGAAAUUUUUAUUCCUCCAUACCAAUAACCUUUCUGGAAUCAUUCCAUAUGAAGUUGGAAAUCUCUUGAAGUUGGUUGUACUAGAGUUGGGUCAUAAUCACUUUACUGGUUAUCUUCCUCGUAACAUUUGUCGAAGUGGAUCACUUACCCACUUUUCUAUUGGUGAGAACAAUUUGCUUGGUCGUAUCCCCCAAGAUUUGAGAGAUUGCAAAAGCUUAAUUAGAGUUUGCCUCGAAAAGAACCAAUUUAUUGGAAACAUUUCUGAAGAUUUUGGUGUCUAUCCAAAUCUUACUUUCAUAGAUCUUAGUUACAACAAAUUUUAUGGUGAAAUCUCGUCUACUUGGGGAAGGUGCUUUCGCUUAGGUACUUUAAAUGUCUCUGGAAACAAUAUUACUGGGAGCAUUGUGCCACAAAUUCAAAAUUCGAUUGAACUACAUGAACUUGACCUUUCUUCAAAUCAUUUAAUUGGAGGGAUUCCAAUGGAACUUGGAAAGUUGACUUAUCUGAAUAAGCUUGUUUUAACAGGGAAUCAACUCUCUGGAGGUAUACCUAGUGAAGUAGGCCUACUCACAGAACUUGAGUACCUUGACUUGUCCAUAAAUAGCUUAGGAAAGUUAAUCCCAGGAGAAUUAGGGAACCUGUCAAGAUUGCACUACUUGAAUUUGAGAAAUAAUCAGUUUAGUCUUGAAAUUCCAUUUCAAUUGGGUGAUUUGAUUCAACUCUCAGAACUAGAUUUGAGUUGCAAUUCACUCGACGGAGAGAUACCGUCUCAGAUUUGUAAAAUGGAGAGUUUAGAAUAUCUAAAUCUUUCCUACAAUAACCUUUCUGGUUUCAUCCCAAGUUGUUUUGAAGAUAUGCAUGGAUUGUCACGUAUUGACAUAUCUUAUAACAAGUUACAUGGUCCAAUUCCCAACAACAAAGCAUUUCGAGAAGCUCCAAUUGAAGCAUUACAAGGGAAUAAAGGAUUGUGUGGCAAUGCUAGUGGAUUGACACCUUGCAAUAACACUCUCACCUCACAAAAGCACAUCUUAGGAAAGAGGUUGGUAAUUUCCUUUGUUGCCUUGGGAGCACUUGCUUUUCUAAUUUGUGUGACAAUAAUGUUUGUUUGUUUUCGAAGAAAGAAACAAGAGUUACCAAAAGGACAUGAAAGGGUGAAUAGAGAUAAAUUUCUUUCGGUAUUAAAUUUUGAUGGAAAAAGAAUGUUUGAAGAAAUUGUAAGUGCAACUGAGAAUUUUGAUGCCAAGUAUUGCAUUGGAAGUGGUGGGUCUGGCAUUGUUUAUAGAGCACAAGUUCUAUCAGGGGUUAUUUUUGCAAUAAAGAAAUUUCACUCAUUUCAUCUUGAUGAGGUAGAUAACCAAAAAGAGUUUUUGAAUGAAAUAAGGGCAUUAACAAAGAUACGACAUCAAAAUAUUGUGAAAUUUUUUGGUUUUUGUGUACAUUCUCAAUACUUUCUUUCAGUUUAUGAGUAUCUUGAAAGAGGUAGCUUGGCCACAUUCUUGAAUAAUGAAGCUACAGCAAGAGAAUUGGAUUGGGAAUUGGCUUACACGACAAAGGUAACUGAGAAAUGCGAUGUAUAUAGCUUUGGAGUGUUAGCAUUAGAAAUGAUAAAAGGAAAUCAUCCUGGCAAUAUCAUUCCAUCUCUGUCCUCUUCUUUCACUUGGGAGAACAUGUUGUUGAACAAUAUUUUGGAUCCACGUCUUCCACUUCCUUCACCUGCUAUUCAAGAUCAACUAAUGGUAGUCAUAAAGUUAGCAAUUCAUUGCUUGGGUACCAAUCCAAAAAACAGGCCAACCAUGGACGUGGUUUCUCGUAUGUUUUGA